UCAUUUUUAUUUCUCUCUCCCAAUUCCUGGAGAAAGAAAGGAGCUCGCCGACCUUCCCUACCUGCGCGUGUUUCAUACCCUAAAGCCUUUGGCGGGAGAGAGCAAAAUUCGUUCUCGAGCGAGAGAGUUUGAGCGAGAGGGGGUUUUUGUAGAGAGAGGAGUUUUUAGAGAGAGAGAGAGCAAGAAAAGAGGGAUGAUGAAGAUCGAGGAGGUCCAGUCCACCACGAAGAAGCAGAGAAUCGCGACUCAUACCCAUAUCAAAGGCCUCGGCCUGGACGCGAGUGGAAGGGCAAUAGCCAUGUCUGCUGGUUUUGUGGGGCAAGCAGGGGCCAGAGAAGCUGCGGGACUCGUGGUUGACAUGAUUCGACAGAAGAAGAUGGCGGGUAGAGCUCUUCUUCUUGCUGGUGCUCCUGGUACAGGGAAGACUGCUCUGGCUCUUGGGAUUUCUCAAGAGCUUGGAAGCAAGGUUCCAUUUUGUCCAAUGGUGGGAUCAGAAGUGUACUCAUCUGAAGUUAAGAAGACAGAGGUGCUCAUGGAAAACUUUCGUAGAGCAAUUGGCCUGCGUAUCAAGGAAAACAAAGAAGUCUAUGAAGGAGAGGUGACAGAACUCUCCCCAGAGGAGACUGAUAGUAUCUCUGGAGGAUAUGGUAAGAGCAUAAGUCAUGUCAUUAUUGGGCUCAAAACUGUCAAAGGAACCAAACAAUUGAAGUUGGAUCCAACUAUAUAUGAUGCUUUGAUCAAGGAGAAGGUUGCUGUUGGUGAUGUUAUCUAUAUAGAGGCAAACAGUGGAGCUGUAAAGAGAGUGGGACGCAGUGAUGCUUUUGCUACAGAGUUUGAUCUUGAAGCAGAAGAGUAUGUUCCCUUGCCAAAAGGUGAAGUCCACAAGAAGAAGGAGAUAGUUCAGGAUGUUACAUUACAUGAUCUGGAUGCUGCAAAUGCUCGUCCACAAGGAGGGCAAGAUAUUCUCUCUCUGAUGGGUCAGAUGAUGAAACCCAGGAAGACUGAAAUAACUGACAAGCUGCGGCAGGAAAUAAACAAGGUGGUUAACAGGUAUAUUGAUGAAGGAGUAGCAGAGCUUGUGCCUGGGGUGCUAUUUAUUGAUGAGGUCCACAUGCUGGAUAUAGAAUGCUUCUCGUACCUUAAUCGUGCUUUAGAGAGUGCGUUGUCACCCAUUGUCAUCUUUGCAACAAAUCGGGGAAUAUGCAAUGUGCGGGGAACUGAUAUAAGUAGUCCGCACGGCAUUCCUGUAGAUUUAUUAGACAGACUGGUGAUCAUCCGAACUGAACCUUAUGGCCCUGCAGAAAUGAUACAGAUACUGGCUAUACGUGCCCAGGUCGAGGAACUGCUUAUCGAUGAAGAAAGUCUUGCAUACCUUGGGGAAAUAGGACAACAGGCAUCAUUGAGGCAUGCUGUACAGCUGUUAUCCCCUGCUAGCAUUGUGGCCCGUAUGAAUGGUCGAGAUAACAUUUGCAAGGCGGACAUUGAGGAAGUGAGCUCAUUAUACUUGGAUGCAAAAUCUUCGGCUAGGCUUCUUCAAGAGCAGCAAGAUAGAUAUGUCUCAUAAUAAGAGACCUUGGCCUUGCUCCAUGUAACUAUGUUGGUUUUCUGAAGGCCGAGGCAGUCAUCAAAUCACUUGAGGCUUCACUCAAAAACUGAUGGGGAUUGCAAAUUCCAAUUGGUUUUGGAGAUGUGAGUGCUAUUUCAGUUUACUCGAGGCGAUUGUGGAGUGGCAUUUGUGCGUUACAUCAUGAUUAUUGUUUCAGGGGGUUAUGGUGUGUUUGAUGUCAUUACUUGCGCGGUAAUGAGCUGCUGUGAUCUUCACAGGCUUUUGUAGUGGUGAUUCUGAUGUGUUUUAGGCACAGUUGGAAACUUCAAUCAAAAAACCUUUACAUCAA